UAAACGCAAAAGAGAAAGCAGAGCGAAAAUGGCGAUGGUGAGUGUGAGCAAAGUGAAAACGAGAGGCCCCAACCACAAGAUAUCUCUGGAAGAUUACCUUCUUCUCAUUCAGUCUCACUCCAACCUCCAUCUCACCGCAUCAGAUCUCAAUCAGAUCCUCGGCAUGCACGGGUACAGGAAAAUCCACGGACUCAACAAGCAACGUCUGAUCGACGCCGUGAGCUCAAUGUCCCUGGUCCAGCCGGCUCGCUCUACGCUCAAAGACGGCAUCUCGCCGUUUGCAAUCACGGCACCGGAGGACGUCAUCGCCGCCCUCGACGUGCUCAACUGGAAAGAGUGCUGCGUCACCUCCAUUGAAACCCUAAGCUCAUCGAAACACGCCCACUGCUCUCCUCCUCUUACAAGCCCCUGCUCCGACGUCGCCAAGCACAACAAGCAUCAGCAAUCGUCGCCCUUACCCCUGAAUUCGGUAGCCUACGGCGUCGUUUCCGCUCUGGACGGUGCUUCCUUGUCCUCUGGGGCUUCUGAGACCACUCAUCCGGCGAAGGAGUCGGUUCAGGAGAGAAAGAGGAAGAGGUCGCCGAGUUGCGGCGGUGGCGCCAAUUCUACUGCUUUGGCCUGCGUUUCGUACGAAGCGUGCUGAUGUCACAGCAUUUUCGUCUUGGCGGGAGUUUGACACGCGGUUGGUGCUCGCAGUGGUAGAUCUGUGAUAUUCAGAGAAGGCAAGGGGUGUUUCUGUACAUUCUGUUCAGGCAGUGGUAGAUUUGUGUUUCGAUAGUAUUAUCGAAUUUUCAAGACGAAUUGAUAUUAAUCUAAUUGUACUGGGUUGAUGACUGG